AUUUUCUCGAGAGACAAGUUUAAUACCCGAGGUUCUACUCUGUCACUAUGCUCGCUGCCAAGUUUGCUUAUCUUGUCUUCGCGUCUUUUGUCGCUGCUGUCUCUGCAUCUCCGCUGUUCAGCAGUUUCGUUCUCCAUGAGCAGCGCACUGACAUCCCCGAUGGCUUCGUUAAGGUCGGAUCUGCACCUGCAGAUCAGGUCCUUAAUCUUCGACUAGCUCUCGUGAACAACAACAUGAAUGGCCUGGAAGAAAAGCUCUAUGCUGUCAGUACUCCUGGAAGUGCACUGUAUGGCCAACACCUUUCUAAGGAGGAGGUCGAAGAAUUUGUUAAACCAAGUCAAGACUCGAUCAAUAUCGUUAACCAGUUCCUUUCGACACAUGGGAUAACUGCGACGGUUGCCUCUCCUGCGUCGGACUGGCUUACUUUUUCCGUCCCGGUUAGUAAAGCCAAUGAUAUGUUCCAGGCAGACUUCUCGGUCUUCCAGCAUGAAGAAACCGGGAAGCAGUCCGUUCGUACCCUUGCAUACUCCAUACCGACUGAGCUUCAAGGACAUUUGAACCUGGUUCACCCAACUAUCACGUUCGAAAACCCCUUCGCCCAUCUACCAGUUGUGUCCAGCCCCUUGAAAGCCGUUGCCGAAGAGCAAAAUCUCACAACUCGUGCUGUUCCGUCCUCGUGUGCUUCGACGGUUACUCCCGCAUGCUUGCAAGCAAUGUAUGGUAUCCCAACGACGAAAGCGACCCAGUCGAGCAGCACGCUCGGUGUUUCCGGUUUCAUUGAACAAUUCGCGAACAGCGCGGACCUCCAAACUUUCCUUAAGAGCUUGCGCCCGGAUCUCGCUGGUACAACGUUCUCAUUGCAAACUCUUGACGGAGGCUCGAACCCUCAGAGUGCAAAUGAAGCAGGUGUGGAGGCAAAUCUGGAUAUCCAGUAUACCGUUGGAGUGGCAAGUGGUGUGCCAACGACCUUCAUUUCUGUUGGCGAGCGCUUCCAGGACGGCGCUCUUGAAGGCUUCCUUGAUAUCAUAAAUUUCUUGCUUGGUGAAAGCAACCCUCCUCACGUCCUUACGACGAGCUACGGUCAAAAUGAAAACACUAUUUCGAGCAAUCUUGCAAACCAACUGUGCAACGCCUACAUGCAACUCGGUGCUCGCGGGACUUCAAUCCUAUUCGCUUCCGGCGAUGGUGGCGUAUCAGGUUCUCAAUCCGGCCGCUGUACAACUUUCCUCCCAACGUUCCCAAGUGGAUGCCCAUUCAUGACCUCUGUCGGAGCCACGACUGGCAUCACCGAAACAGCUGCCGAUUUCUCCUCUGGUGGCUUCUCCAAUAUCUUCUCGCAACCGUCUUACCAAACCCCAGCUGUCUCAAGCUAUCUUAACGCACUCGGCUCAACAAACAGUGGCAAGUUCAAUCCUCAAGGACGUGCAUUCCCAGACAUCAGUGCACAGGGUGAAAAUGUUGAAAUCGUCGUCGGAGGCGAAACCGGAUUGGUCGCGGGUACUAGUUGCUCGAGUCCUAUCUUCGCGAGUGUCAUCUCUUUGUUGAAUGACAGGCUUGUCGCGGCUGGCCGUUCACCCUUGGGAUUCUUGAACCCGUUCCUCUACGGCACCGGUGCAUCAGCGUUGAAUGACAUCACUACUGGAUCUAACCCUGGAUGCAAUACUAAUGGUUUCCCUGCAAAGGCGGGGUGGGACCCGGUUACUGGUCUCGGAACGCCUAAUUUCGCGAAACUUCUCACUGCUGUCGGCCUAUAAUGUAAUUCUGAUUUGUUAAGAAUACGUUGAUUUUCCUGUUUCUUUUUACUAUCAUUGGGCAAUCAAGGCGCUGACUAUGACAAGAAUUAAACUGUCCUGUAUUAUGUAUAAUGUACUGAGUCAAAUGAAAUGGGGGUAAAUCUCG